GCUCUACGGACAUAAAUAUUGUAACAACAAACGCCGUGAAGUUGAUGAAAACCGUGAGAUCGACUGAGUUCAGUUUGUUGACGUCAGAGUUUUGAAAUCCACACAGUGUCGGGUGGCUGUCGUCAUGGGGGUGCACGGACUGUGGAGACUGCUGGAGAGCUCAGGGAAACCCGUCAACCCGGAGACCCUGGAGGGGAAGAUCCUCGCUGUCGACAUUAGCAUAUGGCUGAACCAGGCCGUGAAGGGGGUGAGGGACCGAGACGGCAACAGCGUCCAGAACGCUCACCUCCUCACUCUGUUCCACCGCGUCUGUAAGCUGCUCUUCUUUCGCAUCCGGCCGGUCUUUGUGUUUGACGGGGACGCACCGCUGCUGAAGAGGCAGACUCUGGCUCUGAGGAGGCAGAGGAAGGAGGAGUUGACCCGAGAGUCCAAACAGACCAAUGAGAAACUCCUCAAGACGUUCCUCAAGAGACAAGCUAUCAAAGCUGCACUUGGAGACCGCAGUCAAGAUCCUCUGCCCAGCCUCUCCAGUGUGAAGAGAAAUGAGGUGGACGACAUGUAUGUUCUUCCAGCCCUGCCACCUGCAGAGGAGAAGGACGAAAGCGGAUCAGAGGCCCGGCAAAGUUCAGAAGAGGAUGAAGAUAAAGAGUGGGAGAAGAGUGACAGUUGUCACAUGUAUCAGGGUGAGCUGCAUGGAGACCCCAACUCAGUGGACAUCAACUCAGAGGAGUUUGCCAACCUGCCUCCUGAAAUGAAACACGAGAUCCUCAAAGACAUGAAAGAGUUUUCCAAACGACGCCGCACCCUGUACCACCAACCUCCAGAGCGUUCAGGGGACUUUUCUCAGUACCAGUUGACCGGCCUGCUGCAGAGGAACAAGCUCAACCAGCGUCUGGAGGGUGUGGAGAAAGAGAUGAGCGAGCGGGCAGCCGGCAGCGCUCCACAGCUCUGCCAAGAGGACGGGCAGAGUCACAGCGUGGAGUCACGUCGACUGGUUUCAGAAGACAAUUCCCACUAUAUCCUCAUUAAAGGCUCCACAAAGAGUAAAACUGCCACCGAGAGCCAACCUGCCGCUGCACCCUGGUCUGGCAGCUCCCUGUCAGGCUGCAAAAGACGAGCAGCCGACAGACCUGAGCCCCUGUGGCGUCCUGUUUGUGAGGGAGAGGAGGAAAAGUCAAGUCCCUCCAAAGAAGACUCCAAACGCUCUGCAUCAAAACCACCUCAGGGGGACACAUCACCACCCUCUCCUCGUACACUCCAGGCGAUCCAGUCCGCAAUGAAUGACAGCUCAGAUGAGGAGAAGGUGGAUAAGAAGGAUGGCAGCGUGUCUCCACGUACUCAGCUGGCAAUCCAGAGAGUUCUGGCUGAGGAGGAAGACGGUGGAGAUGAACAGAGAAACGUAUCCGUCAACCUGCAGACGAAUAUUCAUCAUUCUGUGCCACAAGUGGUGAUCAACAGCUCAGAGGAAGAGACAGAACCUCUUGAUGCAAAGUGUUUACAGAAUGAAAAAUCCAACUCUCAGGAGAACCCGACGGGCAGAAGUCCACAUGUGAACGAUAGCUUGUUAGUUAGUAGUUCUGAAGACGAGAUGGAGGACGUGAUUGCUCAGAGAAAUAGAGCACUUCACCUCGCAGUGCUGCAAAAACCUCAGAGGAAAGAGCUGAGGUCCGAAGAAGAGAUGAAGGACGGAGAGCUGACAGAGGAUGUAAUGACAGGAAGUGGAGGGCAGAUAGAGAAACAAGUAGAGCUUGAGAGAACUGAGUCAGAGCACAGACUGAUUACUAAGAAAGAUGUUUUGGUUCAACCACAUGUUGCCGCUGUUUCCAGUCAAAAUGAAUUAUCCAUCAAUCUUUCUGCUCAGCGGUGUGAAAAACCUCUGAGCGAGACUGAAGUUCAGCCUGUUCUGUCAGAGCAGAGAAGAAACAUGUCCACUGAGGGCGGCGAGGAGAGCGAGUCAGAAGAGAGCUUCGUGGAGGUCUCAGAAGAGGAAUCUAAAGAGGAGGAUGAAGAUGAUUCGCUUGUGGAAAUUCAAGAGAUAGAGCGUCCGGCUGAAGUCCAGGAAGAUGAGACCAAGAAGAUAGAACCAGAGGAGGAACGUUCGACAGAGGCUCCAGCUGCUGUUCUGAAAUCAGACGAGGACAAACAAGAUGAAGAGGACGAGCUGAACGAGGGGAAAGACACAGAGUCAAGCUCAAAUCCAGCCGUUAACGAAUGGGAGCACUUGGAUGUGGAUGAGCUGGAGGCUCUGGAGAGCUCUCUGCAGGUGGAGCAGAGCAGCCUGAGGGAGCAGAAACAGCAGCAGGAGAGGAUGGCGAACACCGUCACCGGACAGAUGCAGCUGGAGAGCCAGUGGUGGUCAGAGGUUCAGGAGAAAAAACGUCUGGUGGCUGAUCCUCGGGACACAAAGGUGAAGAAGAAAUUGAGGGAUCUAAAACUGCAGCCUGGGUUCCCAAACCCGGCGGUGGCUCAGGCUUAUCUGCAGCCUGCUGUGGACCAGUCAGACAGCUCCUUCAGCUGGGGACGCCCACAGCUCGACGUGAUUAAAGAGUUCUGUCUGAAUCGUUUUGGUUGGAGCAGUCGGAAAACUGAGGAGACACUUCAGCCUGUGAUCAAGCAGCUCAACAUGCAGCAGACUCAGCUGCGGAUCGACUCUUUCUUCCGCAUGGAGCAACAUGAAAAACAAACGAUCCGCAGCCAGAGACUCCGCCGAGCGGUCACCUGCAUGAAGAGGAAGGAGAGGGGGGAAGGAGAAGAGGACAGUGAGGAGGAGAUGCCUUCCCCAAUCAAAUCUAAGAGAGGGAAGGAAGCAAGCAAGGAUUCAAAGAAAGGAGGAGAGAAGGAAACAGAGAGAGCGGUGGCAGGAGGAGGGUUUGUGGGGUCAGAAGUAACUGAUGAAUCUCCUCAUACCUCUCUGAAGGACGUGAGCAGCAUCAACCACGAGUCCAUCUCGGUAAAGUCUGUCUCUCAGGCUUCUAAGACUCCACCUCGGAAGGUCAGGAGCAGCAGCAGCAGCAGCUCUGGCGAUGACAGCGAUGGUGGUGUCGAAGUCGCUAUGGUUACCGCCCGAUCUGUCUUUGAAGGAAGCGCACGAGGCCGCAAAGCGAAAAACACAAGAGGGAGAGGCAGGGGAAGAGGAAAGAAAAUGGGAGGAAAAAACUGAACUUAAUAUGAACUAGAACAGCACUCAGUGAGCGCAUACCUCCACCAAGGCCCAGCAGUCCCUUUAUGAAACCACAUUUAAAUACAAUAGAUCCAGAUUUUUGAUUGGAUCUGCACCAAAUUGAACAGACUCAUAACUAUCAGCCAAGGUUUAUGAAUUAUUCUCUGAGAAAUCAAUGUUGAAAAACACCAGAACUCAUUCUUGGAUCUGCCACCUGAGCCAGAUCUGCACCAAUAUAAUGAAUUCUUUCCUGACCACAUCUUUCAGAUUAAUGUUAUAAUCUGUCAUGUAGUUUUUGCAUAAUCUUGCCAAUGUACAAACAAAAAAACAAACAAAUGCAGACGAAGAGCAAACCUCCGUGUUGAUGCCUGUGAUGUUGUAUGAAUUCAUUUUUGUCUAUAUCAAAGAAAAUGUCUUUUCUUACUCUGUGACUUAAAAUAUUUUCUUACGUGUUUAGAUGUAGCUCUGCUAGAAGAAGACAAUAUUUUGUGAAUUUAUUAAAAGCAGAAUGCUUUUGAAGUAAAAAUAUUUCCACAGUGGAUUCUAGUUUGACUCAGACUCGUCAUUCGUUGUGUCUGCCACACAUC